AUGCCAAAUCCUUUCUCUGUUGUUUCCAGAAAGUGCACCAAGAACAUGAACAACUUGGUCCUAUCUCUUGCUCCUAAGUUUAUAAGAUUGCAGACUCUAAUACUACGUCAAGAUAAAGCCCAACUUGAGGAUAAUGCUGUUGAGAGCAUUGCAAACUUCUGUCAUGAUAUGCAGGUCCUGGACCUCAGCAAAAGCUUCAAGCUCAGUGACCGCUCCAUGUAUGCCUUAGCUCAUGGGUGCCCUAAUCUUACAAAACUCAACAUUAGCGGGUGUACAGCCUUCAGUGACAGUGCUCUUGAGUAUGUGGCUAGCUUUUGCCAAAAAUUGAAAGUUCUGAAUCUUUGUGGAUGUCUCAGAGCUGCAUCAGACAGGGCAUUGCAGGCUAUUGGUCGUUAUUGCAGUCAGUUGCAGUGUCUGAAUCUUGGUUGGUGUGAGCUUGUAAGUGAUGUUGGAGUUUUGAGCUUGGCAUAUGGAUGCCCUGAUCUCAGAACCGUUGAUUUGUGUGGCUGUCUCCAAAUUACAGAUGACAGUGUGAUUGCUUUGGCAAACAGGUGCCCUCAUCUGAGAUCCCUUGGCCUUUAUUACUGUCAGAACAUUACAGACAGAGCAAUGUAUUCUUUGGCCCAGAGUUUAGUGAGGAACAAGCCUGCAGCAGUGUGGGAAUCCAGGAAACCCAAGAAUGAUGAGGAAGGGCUCAGGACUCUCAACAUCAGCCAAUGCACAGCACUCACCCCUUCUGCUGUUCAUGCGGUGUGCGACUCAUUUCCCACACUUUAUACCUGCUCUGGAAGGAAUUCCCUCAUUAUGAGCGGCUGUUUGAACUUGACAUCCCUGCAUUGUGCCUGUGCUGUCCAAGCACACCGCACGGCUAGCGCCUUUCCUCAUUCGGCUCAUUGAGUAGAGGAACGAGGAUUACGGUAACAAACUAAAGUAUGUGGAAGGGCCGAGAACCCUAAGCCACAGUAUAUAUGUUUGUGUUGAGAUGUAAUCAGCCGCAAAUGGGCAAUGGCCUGGAACUGCGGACUUUGAAUUAUGACUUUUGCAGCAUUUUGA